GGGAUGCUCGUUUACGGUUAUAGUGGCGGAUGUGGGAACGUUUAGUUGGUAGCAGAUUGGAGUGUAUUCACCUCCCCGCGUUAGAUGGUUGCGUAAAACUGGUGGUUUUUCUUGGGUCCCACCAUAGAAAACUCGGAGCUUCAGAGUCGUAUCAGCUUAUCAGGCUAUCAGCCAUAGACACCGAGAGCGUAAACCGGUAAAGUUUAAGGUUUUAGACGGUCGCUGGUUCUCUCGACCCUUUCCACUUCCAAAAAUCCACACCUGCGCUCUACGUGCAUGGCGAUGGUCUUCUCCUAAACGGCAUUAUCGUUCCCAUGGAGCUUGUCCUUCCGACAGCCCUCUGCACAGUCUCUGGCCUCUCCUCGCGCCAUUCUCUUGUGAAGCUCGCCUUUAAUGGUCGUUUCUCCAGGCGCAGAUUGUGCAGAAAAUGUAAGCGUUUCUCGAUGCCUCUCCGAGCUUUCUCGAAUGCAGAGCAAGGAUCGACGUCGAAUAGUCAUGUCAAUCAGGAACCUCGAAGGGAUUCUGAUGAUUUAUGGGGGGAUUCGGCGGACUUUGUUGAAGUGAUUGGAAUUGGGAGCAGGAAGGAUGCCAUUAUUGAUUUCUGCCUGGAGUCUUCUUUUGAAUUGACGUCUCUGAGAUUCUGGAAUAUCAUCCUGAAUGAUUCAUCAAAAUUGCAGUUGAUACAAAGGUCCCUUGGAGAAGAUAUUGUACAAAGGAAUGUGGAAGGUCCACAGUCAUUGCAGUCAUGUCCUCGGGCUAUGAUCCUUGUGGCUAGUGCAGGGUAUGGCUUGGAUCAUAUGACAGCCAUUGAGCUUCUUGGAACAGUAAAAUCAACUAAUGGAUUGGCUGUUGGUGUUGUACUGAAGCCUUUCAGCUUUGAAGGCCAAAGGCGCCAAGAUGAGGUCAAAGCUUUGGUAAGCAAAAUUCAGGAGCACACAAACUUUUGUAUUGUGGUGGACACUGAUGCACUGCUCAGAAAGGAAGUGUUAACUUUAGCUGAGGCCUUGAAGAGUGCUAACAAUGCUGUUUUAUUAUGCAUCAAUGCUAUCUCCAUUCUUGUAUCUGAGAAUCAUAUGAAACUUCUUGAUGCCCCAUGUAAUAAAAUAAAGGAGCUUAAAGUUGCUGAAGUGUUAAAUAUUCUAGAAAUCUACAAGGAAGCCAAAGUUGGAUUUGGUGCUGCUCACAACAUUAAAUCAUCAAUUGCAAAAGCCGUCUUUGACUGUCCUUUUCUUGGUGGUGGCAUAAGGGAGUCGAAUGGCUUGGCUAUUUGCACCAUUGCCAGUGCAGUUGAUAUGGACAGUAGCUAUCUGCAUUCUUUCUUGCACACUUUCCGUGAGACUACACAAUGCACAAGGGAUAUCAUAAUCUCUAUGGUUCAUGAACCAAAAAUGGAGCCAAACCUUAUAGUAACAACAGUUAUGGUUUUAAGCUGUGAUAAACAAAAGGUUUCUAUGAGAAAAAGUCUUCUGUCGGAACUGGCACUGCGUUUCCCAUUUGUUUUUUCUCUUUUGGGAGUAAACCAUCCAGAAUCCAGCAGUGAACUUCCAUCUGAUUUGCUUGAAAAUCCUCUAAGUGGAAAUAUGCCAAAUUUAAAUUCACUAGAUAGUAAAGAUGAAGAUAUGGGUGUGUCCUCUGAAGAAUUGGCAGAACUAUCUAACAAUUGUGAUGGAAUCUCUAACAUGAGAACAGAUGUUGAGAUUUUAAAGGAAAGCACUGAGGUGGCUUCUGACAUGCAUGAUCAAGUUGCUGAAGGAGGACUUGCCGAUGGAAGAGAGUUACUCGUUAGUUUGAACGUUGGGCCAGGAUUUUAUAUUGCACAAGAAUGGGCAAAAGAAAGGGCUGUUGUGUCAGUUACUGCUCCCAUGCUUGCAAACCUAAGUGUCUAUACCCUUCCAGUUGGUGUUAAAUCAUCUGAAAAAGUGAAAGAUGAUCCCAAAGUUUCUUAUACUACACAAUUCUCAGAGAAAAGCUCUCUGGAAGAUUUUAAUGCAGAUUCACUUGGCACUCCAACAAUGCCUUCUUGGGAUACAUUGACUGAUGCAGGUUUUGAAGCAGUGACUGAUAUCUAUAAUGCUGCAUCAACACUAAUAAAGGGAAAAUUUUCUGACAUUCCUAGGAAGCAAGGACUGCUUUCUGUUCGUGCAGCAUCUAUGCUGGAAGCUGAAAGAGAUGUGCAAAAAAAGUGGAGUCCUAUCACUGAGAUACAAUAUAGAGGAGGAAUCUAUAGAGGACGUUGUCAGGGAGGUCUCCCUGAAGGGAAGGGUCGUCUAACCCUUGCUGAUGGAAGCAUGUAUGAUGGCAUGUGGCGUUAUGGUAAACGAUCAGGUCUAGGAACAUUCUAUUACAGUAAUGGGGAUGUUUUCCAAGGAUCAUGGAGGGAUGACCUUAUGCAUGGGAAGGGUUGGUAUUAUUUUCAUACUGGGGAUAGAUGGUUUGCAAACUUCUGGAAGGGAAAAGCCAAUGGUGAAGGACGCUUUUACUCAAAGUUUGGUGAUGUCUUUUUUGGCCAUUUCCAAGAUGGCUGGCGCCAUGGGAACUUCUUAUGCAUUGAUGUUGAUGGAACUAGGUGGAGCGAAAUAUGGGAAGAAGGUGUUCUCGUAAGCCGUAAGCAGUUGGACUCUGAAAAUGAUGCUGAAUAAAUUGUAUCGAGAUCCAUGAAUGUGUAACGUUUUCGUAUAUGUAUGUAUAUUUGUAUA